AUGUCUGCUAAGCUCGACGGCAACAUAUCCAAACACAACCAAGCACUCUUCGAAACCACCAAGCGGCUUCUCGCCGAAGUCGUUAAUGAGGGACUGGUGGAUGCUACUAUCGGGGGAUCGAAAUAUGACCAAUUUUUGUACUUGAACAGCCGUCUUCACGCAGCCGGAGAAAAUGAUCGCAAAUGGGUGAAAGUCAGUCUUCAGCCGGGUACGGUCCUAGAGACCAGAGAUGGAAAGGUUGCGUGUGUUGUGCGGCCGGAUAGUCUACAGCCGCCUGUUGUUAUUGGCAAUGGUGACGCAGAAGAGGAAGAGUUGGACCCGGGCGUGUUAUUCAAAAAUCUGAGCCCGUGGUUAGUCGAAGAUGCGGACGAGGAAAUCUUGAACGAGAUCGCCCUCGAAUUAGGUAAUUCAGCGCGGAAUCAGGACUGGGAAAGAGCCUUGAUAUACGGCCAUCCAAGUCAUCCCUAUCACCGCCUGUGCUACGCCCAACCGCCCCUCAACCAAAUCCAACCCUCUGACAUCCCCGAAAUGCUAACCCCAACUCUCGCCUUCCUCUCUGUGCCCAGGACAGAUCUCCGCGUAACAGGCGCCUUUGAAGAAAUCAUCCAGCCACUGCUCAGAAAACUGGAAAUCCCAAGCACAACACCCGACAGAGUCAUCGUCCCGUGUCUCUCGAGACAACUUCCCGCCGUGGACCAGCGCUUCCCAAAUGCCGUCGUGCUCAAGACAGUGGAAAACAUCGCAGACGCACAAGCCUCAAUGCGAACACUAACCCUCCGCCCAGAAUCCGAUUUCGGGUAUCACCUGAAGCUCUCCUUGGCAUGCCAGAUCACAUCUGCCCUGCGCACAAUCACCCCCUGGACAACAUGCGGCGGACCAGUUCAAACGGCCCUGCUUGAGAGAUUCCUCCCCAACGACCUCUGGGUCUUCCGCGAAGUCGCCGCAGUCUCAGGCGGACAGGACAAUUUCGCAGACGCAAAACAUCUCUCCUGCAUACUCCGCGAUGAUCUGGAGGCCCGCGCAGACGCCAACAACGAACGUCUCGUCAUCGCAGCAGCACUGGCCCAACAACCAUACAACAACACCCGCUGCUACGCAGAGAUCCUAUACAAUCUGCGCACAACCUCCGACAAACAAUCCUGGCUACGUACAUACGCAACCCGGCUCUUCUCACUGGUCCUCCCACCGCUAGCCCGCUAUGGUAUCGGUCUCGAAGCACACGGGCAGAACCUCGUUGCCCGGAUCUGCCGGAAAACAGGAGAAGUGAAAGGUUUCGCGGUUCGUGAUUUCGGCGGUGUGCGGAUGCACGUUCCCACACUAGAGAAUUUCGGCGUGAACUUCGAUGGUUUGCCUCCCGGGGGCGCGACGCUGACGGAGGAUUUGCACAAUGUGUGGAGUAAGGUGCACCAUGCGCUCGUGCAGAACCAUGUGGGGUUGAUUGUUAGUGCGUUGAGGUUGGAGAGGGAUGGGGGUUGGGGGAUUGUGAGGGAGGUGCUUGGCGGUGUUUUGGAGGGGGAGACCAGUGGGAAGGGGAUGGGGAGGGAGGUGGGGGAGUACUUUUUGCAGGAUACGAUGCCGUUUAAGUGCUUUUUGAGGAUGAGGAUGGAAGGGAAGUAUCGUGAUUAUGUCGAGAGAGAAGUCCCGAACGUCCUUCUUAUGGACUCGCCAAGAUGGGAAGAAGUGCUGCGGACUUAUCAACCAACCUUGCAUUAUACAUAG